UGUAAGCAUGGAGUCGAGCGGUUGACUGAGCUUUCUGACCAAACAGUGUUUUUUUUAAUCAAACUUUGGAUGUCGCAAAAAGGAGGCAUGGAACACCCAGCUUGUAUUUUGGAAGAAUUGAAGCAGUUUGUCGUAAAUGAUGCCCCUCCAACAGUGUAUUACAUCCCAGAUUUCAUAUCGGAAAAUGAAGAGUCCUACCUUCUGCAACAGGUGUACAAGUCUCCCAAAACUAAAUGGACCCAGCUGUCAGGCAGAAGGCUUCAGAACUGGGGAGGGUUACCGUGUCCCAAAGGCAUGCUAGCAGAAAAGAUUCCUGACUGGCUCCAGACAUACUGUGAGAAAAUUUCCUCUCUAGGUGCAUUCAGUGGAAAAACAGCCAAUCAUGUGUUGGUGAAUGAGUAUAAACAAGGGGAAGGGAUUAUGCCUCAUGAAGACGGCCCCCUGUACCACCCUACUGUCACCACCAUCAGCCUGGGCUCUCACACCCUCCUGGACUUCUACACGCCUGUCAGCAGCCAGGAAGAUGAUGUGCCACAGACAGAGGAAAACCGCUUUCUCCUUUCCCUGCUGGUGAAGCCGCGCAGUCUUCUGAUCCUGCAGGAUGAAAUGUACCAGCGUCUCCUUCAUGGCAUCCUGCCCCGUGGCCAGGACAUGCUAACCGACAAGGUGGUGAACCUGUCUGCCGCUGGGGCCUUGCCAGGAGAGACAUUGACCCGAGGCACCAGAGUGUCACUGACCAUACGACAUGUGCCCAAAGUUUUGAAGACAAAGCUUAUGCUGGGGAGGAAAUGAAGACAGAAUGCAUGUUGACCUAUUGUUUGAUAUGGCAAUACAUGCUGUAUUUGCCACUGACAACAUCCAGCAUAAUAACAAAAUGAUAUUCAGGCUGCUUUAUAAAGUAUAUUUCGCAUGUGUCUAUAAAGGAUCACCUCCUGCUUUGUGAAAUAUCUGUGCUGCCUCAAGUGAUCUCACUGCUGGACAUUAUCAAAUUUGACAAUACUCAGAGGGUUCCAACUAGAAAUUGUUUUUAGGUCCACUGUGUAGGAUUUAGGGGGAUAUAUCGGCAGAAAUUGAAUGUAAUAUAAUAAGUAUGUUUUUCCUAGUGUAUUCAUCACCUUAGAAUGAGCCGUUUAAACCUACAUAGAG